AUGUUUGGCGGUUACGGCGCGUGCUUGACGUUGGGCGGUUGGAUGGUACCGUGCUCCUGGCAUGGCGUUUUAUACAAUGGCCCUGCUCUCCGGAUAGGUGUGAGGGGGGAGGGUCUAUCCGUGAACCCAUACUGAAACUCCCGUCACUCUCCAGAGGGAGAGGGCUGCCUGACCUGCUGAACGCUUCCAGCGUUUUCUACUCGUUCUUCUGGCCUCCUUCCGCGCCGGAUCCCACCGUCGGUUACAAGCUCACAGGUUGCUGGCGAGACUCUAGCAGCAUCUGCGUGGAGAGACAGCAGAGUUAAACGCUUCGACUCCGACGACUCUUUAUCAGAACCAACUGCUUCGUAAUGUAUGGAGUGAUGCUGUGUCUAGCCUUACUCCUGUAAUGUGCCCUUUACGAGUACUGUGCGCAGAACUUUUCCUUUUUGCCUGAGACUCAUGGAUAAAGAAUUGCUGAACCUAAGGACCAAAGUUGUUAAGCCUUAACAUGUCUACUAUUUCUGAAACAACAACAGCAAGCAUUACGCAAUUAUUUGGAGACCUCUGUGAAGCCCAGAUGACAGGCCUGACAUGGAAAUGUUACUUGGGCAAAAGAAGACUCAACCGAAGACAAUUCAAAGAAAAAUUAAAAAGGGUUGUUUACAAUACGUUAUUUAUAAAUCUUUUCCGAGAAGAAGCCUCUCCAAAAUAUCAGUCUGAUAUCAGUAAACUGCCUGUGAGAAACAAAAUCUUGAUGCUGUCCUUCAAUUUGAGGGUGGCUGGUUUGGGAAUGGAAGCUGAUCGCUUAGAAGACCUUGCAGAUCAAUUAGAAAAAUCAGUAUGCAUGUCACAAUCUGAUCUGAAUUCUGUCCUGGAACUUCUGAUUGAGCUUGCAGGAACUGGACCAUAUCAACUUCAGCCACAGAAAAGGGAUUAUUUCUUGAACAAUAAAAAUGUUGGAAGAAAUGUAAAACUUCAGGGCUAUGAUCACUAUGAUGUUAGCCUGUUUGAAUCAGGGCUGUUAUCCUUCAGUUCCAAUGAGGACUUUCAAUUUCAUGAUAAUGUACAACGUACUCUUCAAUUAAUGGAUGCAAAACCUGGCACUGGAUUACCUGGCAUUGGAUUAUUUUCCCAUAAUUACUUAGCUGGGGACAAAUAUGAGAAAGAAACACGAGUAUCGCUAUUUGGUGCGCUUGUACGUAGUCGUACUUGUGAAAUGGAAAUUAAGUUGGAUUUGCCUGCUGUGCCAGAUAACAUAGAUAUCACUGGGCUUAAAAUUCGGGUUCCACAAAGCAUUGACCAGUCAGAAGAUGAAGGAUUUCAGUCAGCAUCCAACCUUACUCCAGAUUCCCAGUCAGAACCCAGUACAUCUCCGGACAUUGAUAUAUGGAGUGCAGUGCUGACUUAUGAACCUAGCAAGUAUAGAUGUUGGGAACUAAUUGGCUGUCCUCCAGGUAAAAAAGAGGAACCGUAUCUUACUGAAGCAGGUCGAGAAGCUUUUGACAGGUUCUACCAAUUACGUAAAAGUGAGCUACAGCUCAUUGGGGGUACGCUGCUGCAGCCAACACCAGCUAUACUUCAAAAAGAAUCUGAGUUAGUUAAAGAUGUCCUGAAUGUCCUCAUUGGUGUAGCAUCAAUGACUUUUUCUCUGAAUCAGUCUCUUCAGUCUCUCCAGGCAUUUGUAGUUAAACAAGGAGUGUAUGUCUCUGGAACAUCCCCUGAGAGUAUGUAUAACCUCCUCUCUGAAUUGGCUGAAAAUGGAACGUACUACACCCGGCUCAGUCACUUCUCGCUUCAGCCAAUUCUUGACUCUACAUACAAUAAAGGCCUUGUUUUCCAGGCUUUUACAAGUGGAUUGAGGAAAUAUCUACAAUAUUAUAGAGCAUGUGUAUUAUCAACACCUCCAUCACUGAGCCUUCUACCAAUUGUCUUUCUGUUCAGGAAACUGGGACGUCAAUUAAGGUAUUUGUCUGAAUUAUGUUGUAUAGGAUCCGGUGCGCUGGGAGGAAAUUCAUCACCUUUCCCCACUGGAGUAAAAUUGUUGUCUUACUUGUAUAAGGAAGCUUUGAAUAACUGUAGCAAUGAGCACUAUCCAGUGCUGCUCUCUCUGUUGAAAAGCAGCUGUGAACCAUAUACAAGGUUUGUCUAUGACUGGGUUUACAGUGGCAUUUGCAGAGAUGCAUAUGGAGAAUUCAUGAUCCAGGUGAAUGAGGACUACCUUAACUUCAGAGAUAAACAUUAUUGGACCAAUGGAUAUGUCCUUGCUUCUAAAGAGGUUGAAGAGUGUGUCCCUCUUUUCCUUGCUCAUGUGGUCUAUGACAUCUACAUCUGUGGAAAAACUAUUAACUUGUUGAAACUGUGCUGUCCAAUGCAUUACAUCUGUUGGUCUGAUAUUCCUGUUCCCUCCAUCUCUGUCACAUUUUCCCUGGAGGAACUGGAGGAGAUUGAAAGAGACUCUGCUCUUUAUGUCAGUCAAAUGGAGAGAAUAGCUCGUUACAACUCCAUCAGCAGAGAGGCAGAGAAUCUGAGAAAGGAAAUUGCUCAGCAGGAAUUGAUUGUCCAAGCUCAACGGACAGCUACAAGAGCCAUGGCUGCAUUUAGAACUAAUCAGAUAGCGGAAAGGAAGGCUUCUGACGUAAAGAAGCGAGAGCAAUUCCUGGAGCUAAAAGAACAACUUGAGAAAGACAUAGAGCGUCGAAAUGCAGCUAAACGUCAAGAAAUGGAAAAAGACUUAAUGCAGCUGCAGGCAUUUAGAGACCAGGAAAUAAAAAAGGAAGAAUUGGAGAAAAGGGCAAGACAACAGUUAAUUGAACAUUACAGCAACUUAUCAGAGGAAGCAGCAAAGCGAGAACAGAGAGCCUUGUGGAAAAUUCAGAGGCACAAGUUAGAAACUGCACGUACUGACUUUUUCCACAAUGAUCAAAAAAAGCUUCAGGCAUUGCUAGAGAGGUUGCCAUUUGGAGAUCAGAGGGAGAAAUUGGAUGUAAUUGCUGGAUUGGAUCUGCGGCACCAUGAACCAUUGAAUAAAGGUUCUGAUUCUCCAGAGUUGAGCUUUGAGGCCGCAUCAUAUGAAAACAGAAUACUCAACAAUAAGGAAAAUCUAUAUGCACCAGUGAAUGAAGCAGCCUCAACUGUAGCUGCACAGACUGACUUACUUCUCUUCCAAGAAGUGCCCCUACAAUCAAGGGUCCAUCUUUAUAAGGUUGAACCCCAACAUGAAGCUUCCCUGGACUCUGAUUCACAAGAUCAGCCUGUUUGUAGUAAUCCUAAUCAGAAAGAAGUAAGCUUACUUGAUAUAAGUUUUGAGGAUUUUCUUCCAAGUGAGCAACAGCAACCUGGAACUAUCCUUGAAACAGUUAAACAAGACCCAAUACUUGAUCUGGCUCUGAAGGAAAUAGGUUCAGAACUAUCAGAUGAGAAAAAAGACAUUGCAAUUGACAAAGAUAAAUAUGAUGUCAGUAUUUCUUCAACGGCUUCUGCAGCUUCUCAUAAAAUGUUACAGGGCAAAAAACCUUCAGAGGUUGAUUUAGAAAUGCCCCAGUGGCAAGUUCAUGGACAUCAUUCCGCUUCACACAUCACAGCUGCAGGAUAUGCAACAGAUCAUAUGCCUUCAGGCCCGCACACCAAUGUUCAUGGUUCUGCGCCUCAUUCAAACCUAAAUACAAGUGAAUACAUAGCCAGUGUUGAACCAGCCAGACCACAAUGGAAUGUUCAUGGGCAUGUUUCAGAAUCUAACAUACGGGUUGCUGAUCAUAUGAGUAAUGUUGAGCCAUCUCGACCACGAUGGAAUAUUCAUGGGCAUGUAUCAAAAAGCAAUAUACAAGUUGGUGAGCAUGUUUCAAAUAUUGAACAGUCUUGGCCACAGGCAAAUAUCCAUGGGCAUGCAUCACAAGCCAACAUACAAGUUGGUGAGUAUGUUUCUAAUGUAGAGCCAUAUCGAGCUAGAUGGAACAUCCAUGGCCAUGUGUCACAAAGCAACAUUCAGCUUGGCAUGAGUGUGUCUGGUAGUGCACCAUCUGAAGCACAAUGGAAUAUUUGCAGUGGAUCAGCACAACCUCCAAUUAACAUUGGACAACCUGCACCUAAUGUAGAAACGCCUGUAUUUGGUUGCGCAUCUUUUCAGCAUCCUUCUUAUUCAAAUAUCAGGAUAGGAGAAUGGUCACCAGAUGUGGAAGCAAAUUUGAUCCCAAGACAAAAGGCUUGUGUUGGUCCUUCAACUGGUUCUACAAUGCAAGAAAUAUUGUAUAACAAAGAAAUACAAGUAGGAAGAAUGGUGUCAAAUAAAUCGGAUGAAAUACAAAAUGCAAAUGUUAUACACACUAUUAGCCCUGAAGAAAAAGUCGAAAACACUGUCAAAUCCAAACUGGGCACAACUCUUCAGAGUCCUGAACUUGACCUAAAUGAAAAUCAAAAUGAAGUAAAAAAUGAAUCACAAGGUAACUGUGAAAAUCCCAAAAAUGGUAGUUCAGAAAACGCAGCAUCUCUCCAGCCUCUUCAAACUACGUGCUCUCAAGAUGAGAAUAAAAACUCAUUAGAACUGCAUAGCGUUUGUCCUCAAGAAAGCAAUGAGUGUGAUUCGGAAUCUACAGAGCAAGUUCGAAUGGAUACAGCAAGUGACCAUGUGACCUUUGCAACAGAACCUAUCCAAGAAGCAGCUAUUGAGAAUUCAACAUGGGAGAAAGAACAGGCCUAUCUCAAAAGCUUGGCAGACCAGUAUUGUGUAGAACAUUACCGGGAUAAUUAUGAAUUGAUGUCUGAGCCACCUAUCACUCAUCUACUUCAGAAUGUGAUAAGUGAACCCGAUUUAUUGCCCUUGGAUCCUUCAGUUCGUAGAGCAACAGAUGCAACAGCAGUGCAAGCAAGUAGUCUCAUCUCACUUCCAGUACUAAUGAAGCAUUCCAUCACAGCUCCGCUUAUAGCACAGGCUUCACUGGUAAAUAAAGCCAUAAUAGAUUAUUUGUUUGUGGAACUGAACAUUGAACAGAACUUUGAAGCACUAAGACAUUUCCUUUUGAUGGAAGAUGGAGAGUUUGCCCAAUCACUUAGUGAUAUGCUCUUUGAAAAGCUUGGAUCUGGACAAACCCCUGGAGAACUUCUGAAUCCUUUAGUUCUGAAUUCAAUCUUGAACAAAGCUUUACAGUAUAGUCUUCAUGGAGAUUCCAAGCUCGCCUCUAAUCUGACGUUUGCUCUUAAAUAUCUGCCAGAAGUGUUCAAGCCCAAUGCAUCUGAUGCCUUGAACUGUUUGGAACUAAGAUACAAGGUGAAUUGGCCCCUCAACAUUGUAAUCACAGAAAGCUGCAUGAGCAAGUACAACAAGAUCUUUUCUUUUCUGCUGCAGUUAAAGCAUAUGUUCUGGACAUUAAAAGAUGUUUGGUUCCAUUUAAAACGUACAGCUUUAGUAAAUCGUUCUUCAAAUUCAGUUCAAUUUCAUCAACUUCAACUCUAUCGGCAUGAAAUGCAGCAUUUUGUCAAAGUCAUUCAAGGUUAUAUUGCUAAUCAGAUCUUGCAUGUGACCUGGUGUGAAUUUGGACACAAGUUGUCAUCAGUUGGAAACCUGGAUGAACUCCACAGAACACAUGCAGAAUACCUCAACAAAGGCAUUUUCAGGGGAUUAUUAACCGAGAAAGCUGCUCCAGUGAUGAAUAUCAUACACAAUAUUUUCAGUCUGAUUCUGAAAUUCCGUAGUCAAUUGAUCUCUGAAGCCUGGCAGUAUGAUGCUGAAAAGCAAAUGACAAUACAUCCCAACUUUACUGUGAUGCAGCAAUCCUACAAAACAUUUAAACAUUACUCACACUUCCUUUUCAAAGUUGUGACUAAACUCGUCAAUCGGGGAUAUCAGCCACAUCUUGAAGAUUUCCUGUUGAGAAUUAAUUUCAAUAAUUAUUAUUUGGAUGUUUAACUGUUACAUGGCUCUCAAGUAUUCAUCUUUUAUGUAACUGAAAGUCAAGUUUAAAUUAAAAUCAAUCUAAUUUGAAGUAAAUUAUUAAUGCCUGUUAAAUUUCAAUUAUUAGCAAUUUUAAAAUUCUGCAUUGUCUAUUUGUAUUCAUGUAGAUAUUUGUAUAUCUGUGCCAUAUUAAAAAAAUCAGUGUUACAGACAACUUUAUGCUAUAGUUAUGCUUAUACAAGAAUGUUUAAUAUUUUACUGUUCAGCAUUUGUAUGUACUCUAAAGUGGAUGAAACACUAUGCUCUCAUUUAAUGGUCAGCGAUGUUUACAAUUAAAACAGUGUCUUUUGAGGCUGCAUUUCUUCACAUGAGCUUAAAUCUUUGUCAUGUUGAAUACUUGUAAAAUAAAAAGGGCAUCACACCCCAAACCGUAAUGGAUCCAUUGCCCAAUCAAUUUUGGAUUUGUUUGGAUCAGAGAAACUCUUGUUUAUGAAAUCAACUAAUUGCAGACUUGUGCACAAAGUGUGGCUUAAUCGUCAUAAAAUAGACUUUAAUUAGUUUAUGCACCAAACAGAAUUUAAUUGUAACCAAUUUGCCUUUGCUUCACUUAAAUGAACAAAAAUAGAUUCUACAAAGAAUCUUUAAAAUUUGCAUUCUUUAGAUAAGCACCAUUUCAAACUUCUUAAGGAAAUCCAACCAGUUCCAAAUGUUUCCUAGAGUUGGAUUUAACACUCCUCUGCUGACUAGUUUGAAGGUCUUGGGCAAUGUUAAAUCCAGUAGGAUGUUUGCCCACUGCCCACCUAUCUGUCAACUGUCAUAGUUAUCAAUUGUGUUGUGUAGCCAGCCUACCAGUGUGCCAAUGUUGGUUCUUAAAUGAGAAAGUAAUGCACAUUUGGAUGCUUUCUCUGCCAGUGUUGGCAUUUAACCACUUCACCAUUUAAUAUGCAGGUUUCCAUGUCCUUUCAGGUGUAGACAUCAUGGGUUUCAAAGGUGUUGUCGAAGGAGCCUUGGUGCGUUGCUACAGUGCAUCAUGUAGAUGCUACUCACUGCUGUCACAAUGUCGGGUGAUGGAAGGAAUGAGUGUUUAAUGUUGUGGUUGUAGUGUUAACUGAGAGAGCUGUUUUUUCCUGGAUCAAAUGGGAUUCUUGAGUGUUGUUGGAACUACACUCAUCCAGGCCAUUCCUCACUAUACCUGGCAGACCAGUGGACAACUUCAGAGACAGGAUGUGAGUUACUCACUACACAAUUCAGAUCCCCUGACUUGCUUUUGUAACCACAGUAUUUAUAUGUUUGAUUGGUCAUACCAUUGAAUGUCAUGAGGAGAUAGUUGCCCACCCCUUACUGUAGCACUACAGACGUGCAGUUGCUCAAGAAAAAGAGUAGAAAAGUACCUUGAAAAAUAUUAUCACUUCCACUCCUGCAUCUGUCAUAUAAUUUUACCAAAACAGGUUCAGUUUAUACCCACCUUGGAGCUAUCGUUGACAAAUCUAAAUCAAAUGGAGGAGAGAUGAGAAUAAUUUGUACUCAAACCAGAAUUCAUGAUCUGAUUUCUGUAUCACUUUAUUUUUGAGAAAGUACUGAUAUUCGCAACUGUUAGCCACAGUUGUUCUUAUUUGAUCACCAAAUUAUAUCUGUGAGAUUAUGCAACAAAAUACAAACAUUAAAGCAAAACAUUGCAGAUACUAGAUA